UAUUAUGUCAUUAUGUUAACUGGCAAAAAUAUUAGUGGAACAUAGAGCCCUAAUGUCUUAAUAAACACCAUCAAUCAAUAUACAAUAUAUUAUAUUUAAUAUUAUGUAUUCUUAGUAAUAAUUACACAUUCUGAUCACGAAGAUCUAAACAGCUUCUUUUUUUACGUUUUUAUUAUGUAAUAAUCAUUAAAAUCUAACUUUAACUACUAUCCUCUCAUUUAUUUUUCUAUUGUUAAACUUUUGAUUACGUAUAUGACAUCGAAUUCCGACAUUCCAUAUAUGAACAUUUAACUAUAAGCUCUGCAAUUAAAUUGUUUAUUAUUAUCUUGAAUCUAACUUAAUAUAAAUCUUUUUAAUUUAUAUACAAAUUUAAAACUUACAAAUACCUUACAUUUUUGUUGAAUAUUUUUACUAACUGAAAAGUCUCUAAUUUAGUGAACAUGACAUUAUGUCAGACAACCGUUUUUUAAACACAGUUUGGUCAUUUUAACUAUAUUUCUCUCUGGUAAGGUUACCUAGGUUAGGAUUUGGCUCAACCGUAGACCUAUAAACUAAUAGAUAGCGCUUAUAUAGACAAGUCAGGGGUAUGAUAUACAGUGAGCGAAAAAAGAAACAAAAUAGUAAAUUAUAGUGUGACUUUACUGCCAAAUAAAUGUCGUUGCCAUAAAAUAUGCCAAUUGUUAUACUUUAUUGGUUAUAUAAACACUGAUCUGUGGUUACCAAACCUAUGGGUCUAUGGUAAUAACCAUAUUACCAACCUAUUUAUAUUAUAUAUAUAUUUAAAAAGAAAAUGGAGAAAAAAUGAACUAUUCCCUCUAUGAUUUACUACCUAAUGUUCUUACUCUCCUUGUUCUCUCUGCUCUCUUUCUCAGUUAUAUUAUGUUCCCCUAGCAUUAUUGACAGAGUGGAGUGGAAGUACUGUCCAUUAGUUUAUAGGCCUAUGGCCACAACUAACUAUUGUAGUGUCUUAUAUAUAUUGCUAUCAGCUAUUUUAAAAUGCUACUUCCUUUCAUAUUUGUUUAAAACUAAAUAAUGUUAGACCUUUUUUACACAUUUGAAUAAAUUUAUAGAAACACUGACGAUAAGUUUUAUUGUUCAAAUGGACUGUGUAUUGAAUCGUCGUGGGUUUGUGAUGGUCGUAAGGAUUGUUCAGAUGGUUCAGACGAGACUAAAGAGUUGUGUGCACUUUACGAAUAUGGAACCACGGAUUGCGGUAGAGUUGAAUCGUUUGACAUUAGUGGAAAAGAACUUUUUGGAGUGCCAAGUUGGAGUGUUGGAAUAUAUCGAUUUGAAAAUUUAAAUUAUAAAUAUUUGUGUCACGGAACAAUUAUUGCUCCAAAUGUAGUCAUAUCUAGUAAAAUGGUUGUACAAUGUAUUUGAGAAGGAAUGAAAAUUAAUCAAAUAACAUUUUAGGGGCUGAAUGUUUUUUUUAUCCCAAUAUGUUAACUACGAAAAUAUCAGUAACAUAUGGAAAACUCAAAGUUGCUGUAGGAAUCUAUGAUUUGAAUUUUUCAAAAAUUAAAAAUACAUUUACUCAAAUAUUGAAUGUGGAAACAAUAUACAUAAAGGAAAGUUAUAAUGGAAAAGAAGGGUUAUUUGCUGAAGAUAUAGCUGUUAUUGUGUUAGAAAACAAAGUUUUGAUGAACAAUGAAGUUUCACCUAUAUGUAUCGAUUGGAAUGAUAAAUAUAUGGUACACAAUGGAGACUUAGGAAGUGUAGUUUUCGCUUCUGAAGGAGAGGAAAAUGAAACAUCAAAUUAUUCUGUUUUAUUUGGAGAAACUGUUCAAUUCAUCGACACCAGAAAUUGUCAAAAAAUGUUUUCAACCAAAGAUAAACACUUACUGACUUUUGAUAAGUUUUGUACGACUUAUUAUUCAAGAAUAGAAGCACGUUUCCCAGAUAGUGGAGCAAGCGUAGGCUUUAAACACUCUAAUUCUUAUUUUUUAACCGGGAUGAUGAUUAUGAGGCAUAUAGGAUUAAACGGUAAUAUCGCAGUUUUUGUGGACAUUCGAUUCUAUGUUCAAUGGAUUCGUGGAAUUUUAAACAAACAUUUCACAGAGAAUUCAUGCGUUUUACCAACUGUCGAAGGAGCUAUAUAUUCUUAUGAAGGUUUCUAAUGAAAUUUUAUCUCAUGGGAAAUUAAUUAAUCUUCAUCGUACUGUUAUUGAAAAGUGUGAGCAAGGAUAUUAUAAGGCUCAUCCCAUAGGUUUUAGAUUUUGUCAAGGAAAA